GUAUAAUAUAUUUAAAUCCCUAUGCGGUAGGUGUGUAACAUCACAAGGCGCUGUAACGAUGGCGAAUGUGCAGCUUGACGGCAUCUGCCGUAACCUGAGAUCCACUUUAGAGGACACGGAUGCUCUGUACAAGAGUAUACAGAUGGGCAUGACCAAGGCACCUGUGCAGAAAAAGCCAGUGCCAAGAUCGAGGCUUACCAAAUCAUGGAUUCCUCCAAUGACCGAGCCUUGUCAAUCGGAAGUAGUCGCGCCCGCUCAUAAGAGCGUUCAUUUUCCUAGAGUCACCAAGGAUGUGCAGCAGAAAACCGAUUACAUGACAAUGGCUGCCAAGAGUGACUUCUUUAGGUCACUCAAUGUAGACCUUGAUGGCUGGAGUGAAUCCCAACGCAAGGUAUUCUACAAUGUAGUUUCUGCCGCUGAGCGCCACAUGCACGCUGAGAGUGAGCGUUUGCAGCGGGAGUACUCCUUACAGCUGGAGUCCAAAUUGCAGAACAUUCGUAGCGAGAUGUCGCAGGCGCACAGCUCAGUAGUAGCCGAAGUAUCAGAGCUCAGGGUCGACAAGGAACGCCUAGCUUUCGACGAGGUUGAGAACAGGCGCCGUUCAAAGUUGAUGCAGGACAGUUUACAGCGUCUCCAGAAGUCCUACGACAGCUUAAUGGAGGAGUGUAAUGCCAAAUCUAGUGAGAUCAUUAGGUUAAAUUCCACCUUGGGUGCUACUGAACGCUCAUUUAUCAACUUCAAGCAAAGGGUGAUAGAGCUUGAGGGUGACUUAAACGAACGGGUCCAGCAGAUUGACCGCUUGCACGAUGAGGUGGCCACUGCCUACAAACAGAUGGAAACCGCCAGCAGCAACUACGCCAAGUGUGAGCGUAACCUGGCAUCUACUAAAACCGAGCUUAAAUCCACACAGGACCAGUUAUCAGAUGCUCGUCUCGAGAUUGAGUCCAUGCAGUUAGCAGCACAACUGGCCAAUAACGAGAAGUGCGCCCUAGAAUCCAAGCUGCGUGCCCUUGAAAAGGAGAUUUCUGAGCUAUCUGCUGAGCGAUACAAACUGGAAACCCAUGUAUCUACCUUGGAAAACGGCACUAUAAUAUCGCUAAAGGAGCAGUGCAAGCGUUUAGAGGAACAACGUAAUUUAGCACGUGUUGAGACCGCUACGUGUGACAAGCGUCAGGAGUUAGCUCAAACGCGUCGUGAGCUAGAAUCGGUUCAAUACCAAUGCGAGCAGCUAUCAGAGGACAACCGUGUGUUGCGUCGCGAGAACACUGGCUUGUCACGACAACUUGACGAUUUGAAGCAAAGGUUUAAGGAUUGUGAGAAUGAGUUGUUCCAACUCAAGUGCCAGGCACAUGUGAUGAAGCAACGUGGUUAUGUCCCCGUGAAGCAAACUGACUGCACCAUUGAUGCUCCAGGGUCACCAGCUACUAAAGAGCCUUUACCAACCGAGAACACAAAGCCAGCUUAUCGUGAUAUAUUCGCCCCUACGAUGUUUGACUGCCCUGAUGCCGAGACUCAGGCUAAGAUCGACUCCCUGGAGUCUGAGUUAACGAGUCUCUAUAUAGAGAAGGAUCGCAUGGUAUCGGAGAUGACUCGGUGCAAGGUUGAGCCGAAAUCACCGGCUCUUGAGCGCCGUAGGUUCCACCUAUUGGAACAGGAGCUAGCUGACACGAAUCAGCGCAUACACGAGAUUACCGAGAGCAUACGUAAGCUCCAGGUGCCUAUAUAACUAAAAUUAAUUUGUAUCAGUACGUUUUGAC